AUGUCCCGCAGCGCCUGCUUAUCCCGGGACAGCAGCCCGGAGUCCCUGCCCUGUGGGGAGCUGGACCCCAGCGUGCACAGCGCACUGCACCCCGAGAGGUUCACAGACACCGAGCCUGCAAUCACGGAGCACCGAGACUCCGCCGCCGGACAGCUCCCCGGCCUGUCCGCAGAGCUGCCCAACGUGCGGGCGGAAGCCCUGGGCCUGGCUCGGGGGAUGCGGACCUGGGCCACGUCAGAAUCACGCAGGGGUCGUGGGACCGGGGUCCCCGGGGCCAGUUUUGAAUGUCCACGGCCCACGUGGAAGGCCUCCUCCAGCGCCAUCUCCUGCAGGGCCGCCCUGCCCUACCCGCUGUCCAGGCACCAUGAGCGCCCCCAGUUCCUCGGAGGACAGCUCAGAGGAGGACACCGCAGGAUCUGCGUCGAGCCCCGAGGUGGAUGGAGAGAGCGGAAGGGGAUGCCAGACCUGCGAGGUCGGUACAGGGAGGAUGCUUUCAAGGACAUUUCCAGAUACUUCUCCAGGGAGGAAUGGGCCGACAUGGGAGAGUUUGAGAAAAAACGCUACCGCAAUCUGAAAAACAACUACACCACGAUGCUUUCUCUAGGUCUCAGAGCCCAGCGGCCCGCGUUCAUGCGUCGCAGAAGGCGAACCGGCCAGGCCCCGCAGGAGGACUCCGAGGAUUCCGACGCAGAAUGGACGCCUCGGCGGCGGCAAGUCAAACGUCCCUGGGUGGCCUCGAGAGGGGAGCAGAGCACAUCCUGGAAGGGCGCGCCCACGGCGCUGUCACGUAGUGGCCCUCGUGUGGAGCAGCUGCCAGGGUCAGGCUCGGAAGAGGCCCCGACGCCAGAGCCCUUCCGCAGCGAAGCAAGAAACUGCAGGCAGCGCGCUAGACGGAAACCGGACCCGCGGAGCAGGGCGCUGCAGCCCGCGCUGUACAGCCUGCGGGAGAGGCGGGGCUGCCGGUACGAGGAGGUCAGCGAGCCGCAGGACGACGACUACCUGUACUGCGAGCGGUGCCAGGACUACUUCCUGGACAGCUGCCCGGCGCACGGGCCCCCCGCCUUCCUGCAGGACAGCGCGGCGGCCGUGGUCACGGGGCGCCACCGCUACGAGUACGUGGACGGCAAGGACACGUCGCAGGCCAACUGGAUGAGGUACGUGAACUGCGCCCGCGACGAGGAGGAGCAGAACCUCGUGGCCUUCCAGCACCGCCGGCGCAUCUACUACCGCACCUUCCGGGCCGUGCCGCCGGGCGCCGAGCUGCUGGUGUGGUACGGGGACGACUACGGCCAGGAGCUGGGGCUCGCGUGGGGCCGGAAGCGCAGGAGCCAGCGCGCGCCCCCGAGAGCGGAAGCGAAGGCCACCAUUCACCCGUGUCCCGCGUGCCCUCUGGCCUUCUCCGCCCCGCAAUUCCUCAGCGCACACGUCCGGCGCCGCCACCCGUCGCAGCUUCCCCCGGGAUCAGCCGCGAGGAGCCCGCUCCCACCGCUGGCGGCCUGUCCCGGGGACCCCCUCGGGGCGCGGCGUUCCCACGCUCAGGGCCCGAGUGGCGGAGGGGGAGGGGAGCAGCCCCAAGGGGGUCCCCGCCAUUCGCCCCUAGGGACGGCGAGAAAGGGGAGCCCGGGGGUCGCCCCAAGCCCUGGCGAGGGACCGCGGGGGAGGUCCGGGGAGACCGAGGGGGCGAACGCGGAGGGGCAGAGCGCAGGCCAGAGCGUGGGUCCGCGGGGUCCGGGCGCUCCCCGGGAGCGAGGGGGGAGCCCGCAGACCGCAGCCGGCAGAGGUGGAGGGGGGGAGCCAGGCCGCUGUGCAGCGCCAAAGGGCGGGCCCCGGGGGGCGCAGGCAGGGGAGGGGCGCCACGUCUGCGGGGACUGCGGGCGGCGCUUUAGCCGAGGAUCACGCCUCGUGGUGCACCGGAGGACGCACACCGGGGAGAGGCCCUACGCGUGCGGGGAGUGUGGGCGGGGCUUCACACAGCAGUCAGCCCUCGUCCUGCACCGAAGAACACACACCGGGGAGAAGCCCUACGCGUGCGGGGAGUGUGGGCGGGGCUUUACACAACAGGGGGACCUUAGGAGACACAGGAGGUCGCACACCGGGGAGAAGCCCUACGCGUGCGGNGAGUGUGGGCGGGGCUUCACGCAGCAGUCAGCCCUCGUCCUGCACCGAAGAACACACACCGGGGAGAAGCCCUACGCGUGCUGGGAGUGUGGGCGGGGCUUUACACAACAGGGGGCCCUUAGGAGACACAGGAGGAAGCACACCGGGGAGAAGCCCUACGCGUGCGGGGAGUGUGGGCGGGGCUUUACACAACAGGGGGCCCUUAGGAGACACAGGAGGACGCACACCGGGGAGAAGCCCUACGCGUGCGGGGAGUGUGGGCGGGGCUUUGGCCGUCAAUCCAGCCUCCUCAGGCACCGGAGGACACACAGGAGGGAAGCCCUACGGUCCCAGGAAGAGUAAGUCCUGCGCAGUAUGACCUCGCCCCAGCGGGCACAGAGAAGCAAGUGCACCCUACACACCCGCGCCCAGCUGAGGACUCCAGAGGACACUCCUGACCCUCCCUGUGCCCCGAGUGUAAAGGGACCGCCGUUUGCCCAUUCAGCAGCUCCUCCGGGGUCGCCAGAGAUGAGGCGGGGUAGCAGGGGAUGGCUCCCCACGUGGUCAGGGUUUUCA